UGGCCUUCAUGGCCACCAAGCCAGGGUCUGGCAUGAGGAAGUGGGUGGGGAAAAGACUGGCCACCUCCAUCAUGCUUUCUUGCCCCCUUAUUCAAGCUGGCAUUUGUGCCACAUGGCUUCGCAUCUCUCCCCCAUUCCCAGAGUGGGACAUGCAUUCCUUUCCUGACGAAAUCACUGUGCAAUGCAGUGCUGGCUCUGCCAUCAUGUUGUAUCUGGUGCUGGGCUACCUGGGCCUUCUCUCCCUCAUCAGUUUCCUGGUGGCUUUCUUUGCCAGGAAGUUGCCAGACACUUUCAAUGAAGCCAAGUUCAUCACCUUCAGCAUGCUGCUCUUUUGCAGUGUUUGGUUGACCUUUGUUCCAGCCUACUUGAGCACCAAGGGCAAAAACAUGUUAGCUGUGGAGGUCUUCUCCAUCUUAGCCUCCGGUGCUGGUGUGUUAGGCUGCAUCUUUCCUCCCAAAUGCUACAUUCUUCUCUUCAAGCCUGAGAUGAACAGCAGAGAGCAGCUCACAAGAAGGAAGCAUUAAAGAAUCGAAGAGUAGAAUGGAUUGAAUUAAUUCCUUGUUGUCCAAAGCAUGAACAUCAUCAGAUUAUAUUCAGCUUUCAUCUGAGGGAACCAACAAAUACAUUGAAGUGAAGAGAAUCAAUAUUGUUAUUGAUAGUUGAGGUCAUGUUAAUGAAAGGCAAAGGUAUAUAUGAAAACUCCUCGUAAGCCUGCACAUUUCCCCCCAUUGAUUUGAGUCAGCCUGAGAAUCAAGGUCAUGCUCUUGCUAGAGCAGAUAAUGAAAGACAAGUUCAUUCCUACACCUCUGCAAAGCAUGAAAUUCUGCAAACCAAAUUGGCUUGGGUUGUUUGACCUUAAAUCCAUUACAAGGGAUUGGUGUAUAAAUUUCUAUAAGCCUGCAGGAAGAUUCCAGCCAUGCAUUUUCAUUCCCCUGCUUAGAGGUUUUGACUGAAGCCCUAGGUUUUCAAAGGAGACUUUGAUGAUCUUUGGCUAAACUGCUUUUGUUUUGGACCCUCCUCAAGGAAAGACUGACUUUCCUCUACACAUCCCUUCUCUGUCUGUCAUCAAAGCUGACUUGAUAUAUUACUAGUUCCAUUGCUCUAGCUUAUUUAAGAUGUCAUCUAUCUCCUCUUGCCCUGAAACCCCUUCCUUUUACAGCACCCAUUUCCAUAUGGCAGUGGACCUGUGUAGAUUCCACAUACCUCUCCCCCUCCAACUCCCCUGCUCCUGUUCCCGCACUUCCUUUGCACAGUAAAAAUACCUAGUCAGUUCAUGCUUUGGCUUUAGGAAUUCUGUAUCUGUUAUUGUAAAUAACAGAACAUUGAAACCUGCUAGAUUUCUGUAACUCCUGAUUGUUUUAUUUAUCUGUUCCUGUAGCCUUCAGUGGGCCACGUUGUUUUUCCUGGUGCCUAUCAUGAUUUCUCAAUGAUUCAGUGUUCUUUCACAUAGUCCUUGCCCUCUCACCCAUUCAGAAUCUCAUCAAUGCCUUAAAACUCUGCACAUGACCUACAGCUAAUACAAAACAAAGUCUAUGCUUUUGAAGCUUGUAGCCAGUUUGCUAUCCUGGUUGCACAACUUCACGGUUGUUUUUCCCUGUCAGGGAGGGAUUCCUCCAGUGUCCUACCAAUCAAUUACUUAAACUGAAUGGAAUGUCUUCCAUGUGAAUCAAAAUGUAUAUUCUCCUGGUUCUGUGGUUCUGAGAUUUCCUGAGAGUGUAUAGGACAGGUCAGAAGGUUUUCAAUAAAGAGCUGAGGCGAGUUUGGUUACAGAUGCUUAUGCAGAAGAAAUCAUCUUAGUGUGCAAGUUUGGAGCACAGCUUGCCCAUGUAUGCAUCAGUGAAGUUCAAAAAGGACAGGAUAGGUCAGGAGGUUUUCAAGUGUGACAGGAUGAUUCAGGAGCCCUGUGAGUUCCAUCAUUGCCAGAAGCAAAGCAAACAUAAGAGAGAAGGAGAGAGAGAGAGAGAGACUGAGAGCUGUGUGUGACCAAGAGACAAGAGAAAUGAUUACCUUCCUUGUCAUUAUCGAGAUCAGUGCAAUUUAUCCUCCUGAACUCAGAGGGAAAGAUGGCGAGCUUUCCAUAGGAAGGAAAACAAGCCUGGAAGAAACAUGGGAAUCUUAUAUCAACCUUUCCAGCUCUGCAGUUCAAAGCUAGGGACUACCAGGGCUAUGCUGCUUUGGUCUCUUAUAGGACAGCCGUCAUUUCUGUAUCCGCCCCUCAGCUGUUCUGUAACCCAUAUCCCCUUUACAGAAGACAAACAAGUCUUUCUUCAUGGAUGUGCUUGCAAAAUUAGAUGGCAGCUAAAGGGGCUUUCCUAAACAGGCACAUGCACGAAAUGAAUGCAGGAGGGUUUGUCCAUAGCAGGAAGCUUUGCUUCUGCUUUUGUGGGCUCUCUGCUUUGCUCGUAUGGCUUCUGCUUCUUCCUUGGGUGUGUGAAGUCGAUGCAAAGAGAAGAGUUUCAUGUGAUCCUAUCCCAAUUCCACAUGAGUCAUAUCUGUCAGGGGGCUUCCUUAUGGGUGGGAUGGUUUCUCUGAUCUCUGUUUAUUUUUCAGAAUCUUCAUUCAAGGAGUGCCCUUGGCAGGAAUUCACGGAUUAUAUAACUGUUGCGACACAUUUCUACCAAAACAUCUUGUCCUUGACUUUUGCUGUGACUGAGAUCAACAGGAACCCUGGGAUCUUGCCGAAUGUCACACUGGGAUUCCACGUCUAUGACAGCUGCAAUAAUGCCCAAAUGACGUAUCGUACCAUGAUAGAUCUUCUCUUCCGAUCCUAUAGACUUGUGCCUGACUACAAUUGUGAUGCAUGGAAAAGAGUAAUUGCUGUCAUUGGGGCACGUGCCUUUGAUACCUCAUUGUGCAUGGAAAAAAUCUUGAACCCAUUCAAGAUUCCUCAGCUUACCUGUGGAUUGUUUCCCUCAGUGGAGCAGGAGAUGACGGCGCUCCCUCUCUUCUACCGCAUGGUCCCACCUGAUAUCCAUCAGUAUAUAGGAACUGCCAGCUUGCUUAAGAAUUUUGGAUGGACCUGGGUUGGGCUUUUCAUUGUGGAUAGCCCUCAGGGAGAACUUUUCCUGCAGGCCCUGGAAACACUGUUUUUUCAGCAUGGGAUCUGUACAGAAUUCACAAGAUGGAUUCAGAGCCAUUACCAUUUAUACCUAGCAAAAGCAUGGAAUGCUGAGGCCCAUGCAAUGCUUCAGCUAAUCCACUUAAGGACAUCCAGAACCUUUGUCGUCUAUGGUGAAACUUUUACAUUCAUUUAUAUGUGGUAUUUCAUAUGUAAGAAUGGAUAUCCUGGGUAUGAGCAAAAUAUCUUAGCUGGGAAGCUGUGGAUUAUGACAGCGCAGGUUGAUUUUGUGCUAGCAAGCAGAAUCAAAGAGUAUGAUUUGCAAGCUUUCCAUGGUGCCAUUGCCUUCUCCAUUCACACAAAUGAGGUUCUUGAGUUCCAGAAAUUUCUUCAUGUGCUAAACCAGAUUGGACACAUAUAGAUGGUUUUCUGGAGGAGAACUGGGAGCAAGCAUUUGACUGUUCUGUUCCAGAUCCCCAGGUGCCUUACAAGAUAUCUGGGUGAUGUACUGGAGAGGAAAGGCUGGAGAGCCUCCUUGCGUAUACUUGUGAAAUGCACAUGACUGGCCACAGUUACACUCUCUAUAAUGCUGUCUAUGCUGUGGCACAUGCCUUGAAUGCCUUCCAUUCAUCCCAAUACAAUCACAGAAGAAUGGCUGGUGACAUGAAACCUGAUCUUCAAUAUCUGCAGCCUUGGCAGGUAAAGUCACCACAAUGUCAAUGUGCAGAUGAAUGGAUUUUCACAAUGUUAGCAAGAUUGACGCAUCCAGCAGUUCCUCCAUGAAAAGCCUGAUUUAUGGUGCAAUGAAUAUUAGUAAUCUGUAAAGGCAUGUUCCUUUCAUUUUUUGUCUUC